GUGGGUGGGGGGGAGGGAUGAGUCUAUUCUUCAGAAAGACCUGAGCAGCUUUGGGCUGGCCACAGGUCAGGUUUUAUACCUCCCUGCUUUUACUUGAUCACAGGAUGGGUUGACAAUCCGUUUUUUGUGUUUGUUGAGUUCCAGUGUGUGUCACACGUUGCUCUAUCUUGGUGAUUUAGAGGAAGCUGCUUUUGGGGUCUGACCUUGAGAGACCUAGAAAAGUUUACAGGGGAAAACAGAACUGAUUGCACCCCAGUGAGGUAAUUGCCUGGUGGAGGUGUGUAACCAAAAUUUAGAGCCAAUCGCCCCAUCCCCAAAGUCCUUCUGUCUUUUGUUAGUAGCAUGUCAUAUAUAGUUAUUGUCAGAAUCUUAAAGGAAGGGAUUUCAAAUCCAGUUUGUUAAGUUCCCACCACCCACUGUGUGUUGUAAAGUUUGUUUCAAGACAGAAUGUAGUGAGAGAUUAACAGGACUAAUGUUUAUUUUUGAGACAGAGAGCAGGGCAGGGGCAGAGAGGGGAACAGAGGAUCUGAAGCGGGCUCUGCAUGGACAGCAGAGAGCCCGAUGUGGGGCUUGAAGUCUCAUGAGCCACGAGAUCAUGACCUGAGCUGAAGGCAGAUGCUUCACCGGCUAAGUCACCCAGGCGGCCCAGAAUUAAUGUUUUGAUAAAAACUGGAUAAUUCGCAUGAUAAAAACAAUUUUUGAAGUUUAGUGCUGUCUCUACAAACAUGGGUUAAAUGCUAGCAUUAGUUGAAUACAUACGUCAGCACGCGUGUAUGUAUACAUAUCUGGCUUUUUAAAGACGUGCAUGUAUUAGCAUCAUGCUUUCAUCUUGUAUGUAAACUGUGGAUUCUGAGAUAAUCAGUUUAAACUUUCAACAAGGAAGAGUUAUAAUGAAACGAAACAAUGGUUUUUUUUUGUUCCCCCAGUAACUAAAUUUACCAUUGUUCUGAGAAAUCAGCAAAUGACCCCAGGAUGUGAAUUUAAUCGAGUUGUGCCUUUGAACGAAGGUAUCCUGGUUCUGGUGGGAUUUUCUACUUCUCAUCAUCCUGUUCACGUGUUCACUUGCCUCCCUGUGUUGAAAUCAACAGCAGCUCACUAUGAUUUAACCAAGUUAACAAACAAUAAUUUUAAUACAAAAGUAAUGAACGUGGGAAACAAAAGGAACUGUUAUUUCUGGCUCUGUCAGCUCAGCACUCAGACUUUUUACCUUUUGCUGAAAAAAUGUUUUCCAAUUAUGGUUUUCCUGUGAAGGCCCACUUUAAAAUAUAACCCCUUCCACAGAGCCUAGAUUUACUUGGAGGUGCUGUUUGAUUGUCAGUGACUCAGGAUGUAGAAUCUUACAAUCUCCUCAAUUGCACACAUGUACAGUUGUAUUAUCUUUGGCAAUUUAAGAAGUUCGUUUUGUUUUUGUUUUUGGUAUUUUUUUUUUUUUAACAUCCAAAAGAAACUAAGAUAUUUAGCGGAGAACUAUUUAGAACCAGAACUUGCCCUAGAAAUAUUGGCCUUCAUUUUAUGAUCUAUUUUUCUUGAUCCAGUUGAAAGAGAUUUUGACAUCUCUUCUGGCAUUGCCUGUUUGUGUCAUCUCUUUUCGAGAAAAGCUCUGUGCCCACGUUAGUCAUCUCUUACACUUCAUCAGUGCUGUAUUAAUAUAAUAGCUACUCUACCAAGGAUUUUACACACACAUCUCAUUUAAUACUCCUAUCAAGGCAGUGAGGAAACCAAAGCCCAGAGGUUUAAAACAAUUGCAAGUCUGAUUCAGUUUCCCUCUCUUUCAAGUCCAUACUCUUAACCAUGACUGCCCACAGCUUAGAGUCUUUGUUCCAGGAGAACCCUCCCUCCCAGGUAAGUCAAUAGCAUAGUCCCUGCAUAGCUCUUUAGAGGCUUUGUUUGGUCUUUAUUGCUGUUGGUAGUUGAGUCUCAAUAUUUCAUUCCAUUAUUUUUUCUCACAUUGAAGAUUGUUAACAAAGAACAAUCUUGAUUACCAUGAUUAUUCAAGUACACAAGGAAAUGAUGACUCUUCCUCUCUUUUCUGUGUGAAUGCUCCGUAACGUGCCAUUAUGUUUUCAAGUGCAUACCACACUAAGAUAAGUGAAAGAUGCUUACAUGAUAAAGUUUAAUGGAGGCUUGUGAAUCAAGAUUAGCCAUCUCUCUACCUGUCUCUAUAUCUAGAUGAAAGCAAGAAAAACAGUUUAAAGAAACUCAGCUUGUCCUCUAUCCUCGCAUCAAGGCAGUGGAGCUACUGCUGUGGUCCAGGCUGCCCUUUGCAAGCCCAGGCAAGAACGCGUAGCCAUAAAGCGGAUCAACUUGGAAAAAUGCCAGACCAGUAUGGAUGAGCUAUUAAAAGAAAUUCAAGCCAUGAGUCAGUGCAGCCAUCCCAACGUAGUGACCUAUUACACCUCUUUUGUGGUAAAAGAUGAACUUUGGCUGGUCAUGAAAUUACUAAGUGGAGGUUCCAUGUUGGAUAUCAUAAAGUACAUUGUUAACCGAGGGGAACACAAGAAUGGAGUUCUGGAAGAGGCAAUAAUAGCAACAAUUCUUAAAGAGGUUUUGGAAGGCUUAGACUAUCUACACAGAAAUGGUCAGAUUCACAGGGAUUUGAAAGCUGGUAAUAUUCUUCUGGGUGAGGAUGGUUCCGUACAAAUAGCAGAUUUUGGGGUAAGUGCAUUCUUAGCAACAGGGGGUGAUGUUACCCGGAAUAAAGUAAGAAAAACAUUUGUUGGCACUCCGUGUUGGAUGGCCCCUGAAGUCAUGGAACAGGUGAGAGGCUAUGACUUCAAGGCUGACAUGUGGAGUUUUGGAAUAACUGCCAUUGAAUUGGCUACAGGAGCAGCGCCUUAUCACAAGUACCCUCCUAUGAAAGUGUUAAUGUUGACUUUGCAGAAUGAUCCACCCACUUUAGAAACAGGAGUAGAGGAUAAGGAAAUGAUGAAAAAGUACGGCAAGUCCUUUAGGAAAUUACUUUCCCUGUGUCUUCAGAAAGAUCCUUCUAAAAGGCCCACAGCAGCAGAACUUUUAAAAUGCAAAUUCUUCCAGAAAGCCAAGAACAGAGAGUACCUGAUUGAAAAGCUGCUUACAAGAACACCAGACAUAGCCCAAAGAGCCAAAAAGGUGAGAAGAGUUCCUGGGUCAAGCGGUCACCUUCAUAAAACCGAGGACGGUGACUGGGAGUGGAGUGACGACGAGAUGGACGAGAAAAGUGAAGAAGGGAAGGCCGCUUUUUCUCAAGAAAAGUCCCGAAGAGUAAAAGAAGAAAAUCCAGAGAUGGCGGUGAAUGCCAGCAGUAUACCCGAGCAAAUACGGUCCCUUUCUGUGCAGGAUCCUCAGGGGCUACCCAGUGCUAGCGAAGACUACAGAGAAGCUUCUUGUGCUGUGAACCUCGUUUUAAGAUUAAGAAACUCCAGAAAGGAACUUAAUGACAUACGAUUUGAGUUUACUCCAGGAAGAGAUACAGCAGAUGGCGUAUCUCAGGAGCUCUUCUCUGCUGGCUUGGUUGAUGGUCAUGAUGUAGUUAUAGUGGCUGCUAAUUUACAGAAGAUUGUAGAUGAUCCCAAAGCUUUAAAAACACUGACAUUUAAGUUGGCUUCAGGCUGUGAUGGGUCGGAGAUUCCGGACGAAGUGAAGCUGAUCGGGUUUGCCCAGAUUUGUUAUUCCAAAGGUGAUAAACUUGGAGAUACCAGAAUCUGAGUUUUACUUGAAAUUCUGCAGAAUACCCAGAUGGAGUGAAAAAUAGAAAGGGUUUUUGUGCAAUGACUAAAAAAAGGUAAAAUGCUGUUAAGUUUCGAGAAUAAAUACUUUCACGUUUCGAGAAUAAAUACUUUCACCCAAGUAGCCCUCUGCUUGACUAUAUAUUAAGGAAUAGUAAACCUUAGGAUUUUCAAAAUUGGAGUCUAAACUUUCAGGGAGGUGGGCUCCCAGGAUGGUACCAUUGCUCUUUCCUAGCUAACCCUAGAUAUGGCAGCUCUUUAAUGUACUUUAAAAAGCAAAUAUAUAUUACUAAGGAAAGAAAAGUUAUUUAUAAUUGCCUUGUCAUAAUUGUUAAGGUGUUCUAGAGCCAUUUGCAUACAACUUAAUGUAAUUUCAUUCCAUUCUAUUGUUUACACAACAAUUACUCAAAGAUGACUGCAAAGGUAAAAGGAAAAUAAAAGUGUAUUGCACAAAGA